GAGCCCAGGUGUGGGUCAAACACUGAGCAGAGUUUCAGUUUUGGCAGCAGUAUCCAGUGCCCUGCCAGCAGCUCCUAGAGAGGCAGGGGUUACUGACUGGCCAGCAGGCUGUGUCUGUGAUAUCAGAUCAACGGGAGAGAAGGAAGUGACUACAACACUGCACACAAGGAGUCGGCCUGAGCCGUGCGGCACCCAGGAGUCACCAGCAAUGCUGCUCUUCGCACUCACCUGCCUGCUGGUGGUCUUCCCAGCCAUAUCCACGAAGAGUCCCAUAUUUGGUCCCCAGGAGGUGAGUAGUGUGGAAGGUAACUCAGUGUCCAUCACGUGCUACUAUCCACCCACCUCUGUCAACCGGCACACCCGGAAGUACUGGUGCCGGCAGGGAGCCAGCGGCCGCUGCACAACCCUCAUCUCCUCGGAGGGCUAUGUCUCCAACAGCUACACAGGCAGGGCUAACCUCACCAACUUCCCAGAGAAUGGCACAUUUGUGGUGAACAUUGCCCAGCUGAGCCGGGAUGACUCUGGGCGCUACAAGUGUGGUCUGGGCAUCAAUGGCCGAGGCCUGUCCUUUGACGUCAGCCUGGAGGUCAGCCAGGAUCCUGGGCUCCUAAAUAACACUGAAGUCUACACAGUGGACGUGGGCAGAACAGUGACCAUCAACUGCCCUAUCAAGUCUGAGGAUGCUGAGAAGAAAAAGUCCUUUUACAAGAUGAUAGGCGAGAACCCUGUGCUGAUCACUGACACCACCUCGUAUGUGAGUCCCAACUAUAAGGGCAGAAUACACCUUGAUAUUCACGGUACUGACCAGUUAAUGUUCAUCAUCGUCAUCAACCAACUCAGGCUCAGCGAUGCAGGGAUGUAUUUCUGCCAGGCCGGGGUUGAUUCCCAGGCUGACAAGAAGAAUGUUAACCUCCAAGUGCUAGCGCCCGAGCCCGAGCUGGUUUAUGGAGACCUGAGGGGCUCAGUGACCUUCAACUGUGCCCUGGGCCCUGAGGUGGCAAACUUGCCCAAAUUUCUGUGCCGGGUGAGCAAUGGGGAAAACUGUGACAUUCUCAUCAACACCCUGGGGAAGAGGGCUCCAGCCUUUGAGGGCAGGAUCCUGCUUAGCCCCAAGGACAAGAAUGGCUUGUUGAGUGUGCUGAUCACGGGCCUGAGGAAGGAGGAUGCAGGGCGCUACCUGUGCGGAGCCCACCCGGAUGGUCAGCUGCAGGAAGGCUGGCCCAUCCAGGCCUGGCAGCUCUUCGUCAAUGAGGAGUCCACAAUUCCCCGCAGCCCCACUGUGGUGAAGGGGGUGGCAGGAGGCUCUGUGGCCGUGGUCUGUCCCUACAACCCUAAGGAAAGCAAAAGCAUCAAGUACUGGUGUCGCUGGGAAGGGACCCAGAAUGGCCACUGCCCCCUGCUGGUGGAGAGCGAUGGGCUGGUUCAGGAACAGUACGAGGGCCGGCUCGCCCUGCACCAGGAGCCUGGCAACGGCACCUACACCGUCAUCCUCAACCAGCUCACCAGCCAGGACGCUGGCUUCUACUGGUGUCUGACCAAUGGCGAUACUCGCUGGAGGACCACUGUGGAGAUCAAGAUUAUAGAAGGAGAACCAAACCUCAAGGUACCAGGGAAUGUCACGGCUGUGGUGGGAGAGACUCUCAAGCUCCCCUGCCACUUCCCAUGCAAAUUCUACUCGUAUGAGAAAUACUGGUGCAAGUGGAGUAACAAGGGCUGCCAGGCCCUGCCCAGCCAAGAUGAAGGCCCGAGCCAGGCCUUCGUGAACUGUGACCAGAACAGCCGGCUCGUCUCCCUGACCCUGAACCCAGUGACCAAGGCAGACGAAGGCUGGUAUUGGUGUGGUGUGAAGCAGGACCACGCCUAUGGAGAGACUGCAGCCAUCUAUGUGGCAGUUGAAGAGAAGAAGGUGGCAGGGUCCCGCGAUGCCAGCCCAGCGAAAGCAGAUGCUGCCCCUGAUGAGAAGGUGCUGGAGUCUGGCGUCCAGGAGAUUGAGAACAAAGCUGUUCAGGAUCCCAGGCUUUUUGCAGAGGAAAAGGCGGUGGCAGAUGCAGGAGAUCAAGCUGGUGGGAGCAGAGCAUCUGUGGAUUCCAGCAGUUCUGAGGAACAAGGUGGGAGCUCCAGAGCGCUGGUCUCCACCCUGGUGCCCCUGGGCCUGGUGCUGGCACUGGGAGCUGUGGCCGUGGGGGUGGCCAGAGCCCGGCACAGGAAGAACGUGGACCGAGUCUCAAUUGGAAGCUACAGGACAGACAUUAGCAUGUCAGACUUUGAGAACUCCAGGGAAUUUGGAGCCAAUGACAACAUGGGAGCCUCCUCCAUCACUCAGGAGACAUCACUCGGAGGGAAAGAUGGGUUCGUUGCCACCACUGAGAGCACCACAGAGACCAAGGAACCCAAGAAGGCAAAAAGGUCAUCCAAGGAGGAAGCCGAGAUGGUCUACAGAGACUUCCUGCUGCAGUCGAGCACGGUGGCCACUGAGGCCCAGGACGGCCCCCGGGAAGCUUAGAUGCUGCCGCCGCCUGCUCCCUGCACCCAUGACAAUCACCUUCAGAAUCAUGUCGAUCCUGGGGCCCUCGGCUCCCGGGGACCCCACUGCCUGCCCUCCCACCUGCCUAGGUUUUUCCUGCUGUCCUCAGCGGCAUGCUGGUCCCCUCCUCAAUGACACUGGUCUAAUUGCUCCUAUUGGGGGUGAGGGUGGCGUGAGGAGGUUCCACUUGUAGCUUCUUUCUGUUGAGAGAACCUCAGGUAUGGAGGAGAUAGAGAAGUCCUCAGGUGUCCCUUGAAGGAAGAGGGACCAGGGUGGGAGAGCUGAUUGCAGAAAGGAGACGUGGUGCCUCUCUGCACCCUUAUCAUGGGAUGGCAACAGAAUUUUUCCCUCCACUCCAUUCCUCCCUCCCGUCCUUCCUCUCUUCUUUCCUUCCAUCCAAAGGUAUAUUUGAAUAUGUACUAGAGUCCAAGCGCUCUGCUGGAGGCGGGAGCAGGUGUGCCACCAACCUCGCUGACAGCCUUUCUGAGGACACCAGUAAAAGAAGCCACAGCUCCUCUUGGUGAAUUUAUACUCACUGAGUCUUAACUCCUCACCAGGUGUGCUCACCUCUGCCUCUAUUGGGAGAUGUCAUAAAAUAUCUCGAGUCCUAAGGCCUUAGGUCAUGUAUGAAGGAAAUACAUAUAGGUCAUUAUAAACGCACAUUCUUACUAUUUCACAUGUGAGGACAUUGAGGUUUGGAGGAGUGAAGUGUGUUUUUUUUUUUUUUCCUUUCUUUUUUUUUUUUUUUUUGAGGCAUAGUCUCAUUGUGUCACCCAGGCUGGAAUGCAGUGGCAUGAUCUCAGCUCACUGCAACCUCCACCUUCUGGGUUCAAGUGAUUCUCAUGCCUCAACCUCUUGAGUAGCUGGGACUACAUACAUGUGCCACCAUGUCUGGCUAAUUUUUUUUAUAGAGACAGGGUUUUGCCAUGUUUACUAGGCUGGCCUUGAACUCUUGGCCUCAAGUGAUCCGCCCUCCUCAGCCUCUCCAAGGGCUGGGAUUACAGGCAUGAGCCACUGCACCCAGCCCUGAAGUGUUUUUCUCAAGGGUUCUCAGUGAGAUAAACAAAAUUUGAUGUCACCUGUCCUGGGCCAGGGAUCUCUCUGCAAGAGUCGCUGCCCGUCUUUUGGAGGUACAGUUUUAGAAUAAGGAAGAGGAGGAAGAAGAGAAAAUAUAAAGGAAGGAGACUGAUCUUUCCCAGACCCCACCUGAGGGAAAACAACCCUAUCCAUUUCUGUCACUCACAUGGACCUAAGAUACAAGAACAGCCAAACCCUCACAACCCCUGAUGUUUCAAGAGUUCCAAGUUGAAGGGAAGCAAAGUGAUGCCACAGAGGGGCAGCUCUCCAGAAAGCUAAAAUUUCGUUUCUUUUUCCCUCUGAUUUCUGUACUUCAGCCAGCCUACAAGUUGAUACUUGCUAACAAAUCAGAAAUAUGACAAUGAAUAAUUAAAGACUGUGAUUGCCACCAA